AUUCAACAUUGAAAUUUCGAGUAGCUUAGUCUAAAGUGAAGAUAAAAAUACUCGAAAGGAAAAAAAAAGAAAAAUUGAACAUAUAAUAUAAUAAUAUGGCUGCUCCCAUGCAACAUGAAGAUUUGCUUAAGCUUAAGAAUUUCAUUGACUUUGUCAAUGCAAAUCCCACGGUCUUGAAUAUGAAGCAAUUGGAAUUUGUUAAGGAUUUUAUUGAGAAAUUUGGUGGUAAAGUGCCUGAGGGGGAAUUCAAAAUGCCGGAUGCUGCUGCCGGGGGCAAAUGUCCAUUCGGUGGCGAUGCCAAAGCUAAGCCGGCUCCUCCAACUGCCGAUGAGCCACAAGCGACUCCAGAGUCUGACUCUAGCGAUGAGGAGGCCUCCUUGUCGGAGCCUGAAUCAGAUGUGGAAUUGGAUAUGGAAGGCGUCAUUGCGGCUGAUACGGAUGCUGCUCAACCAAUGGGCGAUUCUUCUAAAGAGCCCACUGAAGACGAAAUGGACAAAGCCGGCGAUUUCCGUUCACAGGCAGCUGCCGCCUACAGUGAGCAGAAAUUCGAUGAGGCCAUCGAAUUCUAUACCAAGGCCAUUGAGCUCAAUCCGGGCAAUGCUCUGUUCUACGCCAAGCGUGGUCAGGCUUUCCUUAAGCUUAAGAAACCAAAUGCAUGCAUACGCGACUGCGAUAAGGCACUGGAAUUGAAUUGUGAUUCGGCGGCGGCAUAUAAGUUCCGGGGACGUGCCAAUCGGCUGUUGGGUCAGUUCCAGGAGGCGGCCAAAGAUUUGCGGCAGGCCUGUAAAUUGGACUUUGAUGAGGAAGCCGACGAAUGGCUGCGCGAAGUUACGCCCAAUGCUAAGAAAAUUGAACAGCAUCGCAUUAAGCAGGAGCGCAAACAGGCCGAACGGAAGAUCAAGGAACGUGAACGGGCCCAGCGUAAGGCGCGUCGUCAGCAGGCCAAACAGAAUGCGGCCAAUGCUAAAGCUGGAGGAGCUGGUGCUGGCGCCGGUCCUGGUGGAUUUCCAGGUGGUUUUCCUGGCGGUUUUCCGGGCGGCUUUCCCGGCGGUUUCCCUGGAGCAGGUGCAGGUGGUGGUGGUAUGCCCGCCGGUUUCAACAUGGCUGAUCUGAUGUCCAAAAUGAAGGAUCCCGAAGUGGCUGCUGCCAUGCAGGAUAUUCUAGCCAAUCCAGCCAAUAUAUCCAAAUAUGUAUCGAAUCCGAAAGUCUUUAAUUUACUAAAGAACUUCUUCCCAGGCGGUUUCCCUGGUGGUGCUGAUCCAACUGCUGGUUUCGAUGUCGAUCCUGAAUCGUUCAAGGAGCCAACUAGCAAUACAAACGAACCGAAGUCCAAAAAGGAUGCGGAUUUCGUUGAUGAUGGCCUGGACUAAACAGAAUCCAAAAGGGGCCAUUAAUAGUUGAAGAGCAGCCGCCAAGUAGCAGCUGUCGCUAUAAACAACAAUCAUAUUCCAAUAAAGAAACACACAUACACACACACAAUACACACACAUUACACACACACACACACACACACACAUGUAAACUCACUAACAAGACAUGAAUAAGAGCAGGAUAGCAUAUAAAGAAGGAUUGGCUGCUGCCCUUCGUUGGCUUUUCGGCUUUAAAUAUAUAAUAAUAUCAAAUUCCCUAUGCCAUAAAUUGUAACAAAGAUAAAAGCAAGCAACAACACAAAAAAAAAAUGUUUCCUUAAACACAACUAUCUAUCUAUAUAUAUAGUUGAACUAUUGCUCGAUGAGAAAACCAAAACAAAACAAAUUGCAAAUGUUUAGCCUUAAUUGUUUUCAACACACAAACACACACACACACAACACACACACAACAUAAUUUUUGUAAAACAAAAAACAAAACAAAAUUGUACUGAAUAGGAUUUGAAGUCAUAAUCUAAUAAGCGAAUGCAUUUAGCGAACAUCAUUAUCAUUAUCCUCCCGCACCUACACACAUACACACACACAAGCACCCCCACACACACACACACACAUGUAAAACAUUCAUCUUAAUCAUUUAAUGAUCAAUGAUCAAUAAAAAUCCAGAAAUGAGCAUCGAAAGUAA